CGCUCCUCCCGGCGGGCCCGGCCCCGCGGCCCGUCGAGCCGUCCCCUAGCGAGCGCCCGUCGCCGCCGCGCCGGCUGCCCACCGGGACCCGGCGCCACGCAGGGGGGCGGCAGGGAACAUGGCGCUGCGAGCGAAGCGGCGGCAGGAAUCUGGAGAUCGUGUUUCUGAACUAAGAGAAUGGAGGCCGGUCAUUUCUAGAAAGUGCACAGACCCUCUCUGGCUGCUCCUCUUCUUCCUUUUCUGGGCCGGUUUGAUGUUUGUAACUGGCUACGCUGUGAUGGCUGGUGCUGCAGAAAGACUUGUGCUUGGAUAUGACAGCUUUGGGAACAUAUGUGGUAGGAAGAAUGUUCCUGUAAAAGGGGUGCCUCUUUCUGGAAAGGACAUGACUAAUAAAAAGUAUGUGUUCUUUCUGAAUUCAUGCAGCCCGGAAAUGCAAAGCCUCAAAAUCAGUUCAGUUUCCUUGUGCGUGUCUAGUUGUCCACAAGAGCAGCUCAACUCUUUGGAAGACCUCCAGAGUUUUGCAAGGAACAAUGGUUCUUGUCUUUGUGUUUACAACCUGAGCAUUUCCAGUUACACGUUACAUCCAAAGGCAGCUGAGCUAUGUCCCACGCUGCCCGUUCCACCAAGUAAAUCUUUUCCAUUAUUUAAUCGGUGUGUUCCACAACAUGUUGAAUGCUAUUCCAAAUAUGCAUCUGUCUUAAUAAAUAUGGUUAAUGAAAUGGAUGUUUUUCACCGAAUUCUGAGUGGAAUAUUGGCAGGAAGAGAUACUGUGAUAGGACUGAGUGUUCUUGCACUAGCUUUCUCUUUUAUAGUGGUUUUGACCUUCAGAUUCAUUCGGACGCUUCUGGUCCAUACUUUGAUUGCACUGGUUGUGUUUGGGUUGUUAUUUGUCUCGGGUGUCCUCUGGUGGCUCUACUACGACUACAGGAAUGAUCCCAGCACUGAACUGGAAACAGAAAAGGAGAAUGUAAAAUUUCUGUUUGGAUAUGCCAUCUUCUCUACAGCAGUUACAGUUGUUCUGCUUUGCCUUAUACUUGUGCUAAGAAAAAGGCUUCAGUGCACCGUACAACUCUUUCAGAUUGUUGGUAAAAUAAUCGGCAGAAUCCCUUUCCUUCUGUUCCAGCCGCUUUGGACCUUUCUGAUUCUGAUCAUCUUCUGGGUAUUUUGGGUUGCUGUGCUGCUUAGCUUAGGAACUGCAGGUACUGCACAGACUACUUCCGAAGGACAAGUGGAAUAUAGAGCUUUUUCUGGAAUUUGCUACAUGGCAUGGUAUCAUUUUGUUGGCCUUAUUUGGACUAGUGAAUUCAUUCUUGCCUGUCAGCAAAUGACAAUUGCUGGAGCAGUGGUUACUUGUUACUUCAACAGAAACAAAAAUAGCCCACCACGUCAUCCAGUCCUCUCCUCCAUUUCAGUUCUUCUUUGCUAUCAUCUAGGAACUGUUGUAAAAGGCUCAUUUUUAAUCACCAUACUGAGAAUACCAAGGAUUGUUCUCUUGUACCUUUAUAAUAUCCUAAAGCCAAAGGAAAGUACAUGUGCAAAGUGCCUGUUGAAGUGCUGUUUCUGCUGGUUGUGGUGCCAGGAAAGUUGCUUAAGAUACGUUAAUCAGCAUGUGUACACAACUACUGCCAUAAAUGGGACAAAUUUCUGUACUUCAGCAAAGGAUGCUGUCUUCAUUCUGGCAAAGAGUUCUGCUGAACUUGCAUCUGUUAGCUGUUUUGGAGAUUUUAUCAUAUUUCUAGGAAAGGUUUUUGUUGUAUGUUUUACUGUUUUUGGAGGAUUGAUGGCAUUUAACUACCACCGGGAGCUGCAAGCUUGGGUAGUUCCUCUGUUGCUGGUUGGAUUUUUUGCCUACUUGAUGUCCCACAGCUUUCUGUCUGUGUUUGAAGUGACACUGGAUACCAUGUUCCUCUGCUUUGCUAUUGAUGUGGAAACAAAUGAUGGAUCUGCGGAGAAGCCAUACUUUGUGGACCAGGAACUGCUGAUGUUUGUGAAUCAAAAUAACAAGUUAACAGACAGGCAAAAACACAGAAGCAUGAGACGGGACAGUGAAGAUGGGACAGAGCUCCAACCCAUGACCUGAAUGGGAAAUGCAUUGGGAAGUACUAAAGCAGAUCAGCAAGAGCAGAAACAGUUGCAGAAAAAAAGUAAAGGUUACCAACAACCCAGGACAAAGUAACAGUUCUGUAAAUCUCUGCUGUACCCUCUGCACUGCUAAAGUAACAUCUGUUUGCAUGAAUAAUGUAUUUUGUGUCAGCACACCUGAUUUUUAUUAAUAGUGUUGUUACAACGGUGUAUCAAAGUUGUUAAUAAACAAAUUUCUUGUAAGUUUCUAUGC